UCCUCUCGCUUCUUCCUCCUCGGAGGCUAAAACCUCUCGGCUCCAGCAACCGCAUUUAAGAUCAAGCUCCGGCUGAAAAUGGCGAAUGCCCAGAAAGUCUUUACCGUCGAAACCCUAAGGUCUGCAGCCAAGCAGUCUCUCCGCUGCCUAGUCGUUCCCGUCCGUCUCCGCCGCGCGAUUAAGAAAUACCUUCGCGAGGAAGAUGAUCCUCACAUUAAGAAGAAGGUGCGGCAGUUAUCGGAAUCAUUCCAAGAGAUCAAGGACACGAAUCUUCAGUUACCUGAAACCACGGCCAAGAGUCUGGCUGAUUCUAUGAACUCGUUGGAGACCAAGCGAUGGAAGAUACAGACCGUUUAUGGAGAUAGCGGUCUCCAAUACAGAGACGGUGAGACUGCUGCUUACAUUGCUUCUCGUAUGCCCGCCGUCUUCUCCGUCUGCUAUAGAGUCUUCAUCGAGAUUCGUAGAAGAGUACCUGGUUUUGCGCCUACAAGAGUACUGGAUUUUGGUGCUGGCACCGGUUCGGGUUUCUGGGCGGUUAAAGAGGUUUGGCCAAAGUCUGUGGAGAAAGUAAAUAUAGUAGAACCAUCUCAAUCAAUGCAGCGUGCAGGGCGUAACUUAAUUCAGGGCCUCAAGGAUUUACCUCUCAUCCAUGGGUAUACUAGCCUGCUAGCUCUUAAUAAAGAGAUCAACAAAAAGUCUGAGAGGAAACAUGAUCUUGUCAUCGCUUCCUAUGUGUUAGGGGAGAUACCAUCUCUGAAAGACAGGAUUACUGUGGUUCGCCAGCUCUGGGACCUUACAGAUGAUCUCUUGGUUUUGGUUGAACCAGGAACGCCACACGGUGCUAAUAUUAUAUCUCAGAUGCGGUCCCAUAUACUGUGGAUGGAGAAGAGGAAACUGCGUAAACUGGAAAAGAAAAUGAAGAAAGAUGGAAAGGACGUGCUCGAUCUCAAAUCUGGUGCGCAUAUUGUUGCUCCAUGCCCUCAUGAUGGAAAGUGUCCUCUGGAAAACACUGGAAAGUACUGCCAUUUUGUUCAGCGGUUGCAGAGAACUUCGUCUCAGCGUUCCUACAAGCGUACAAAAGGUGUUCCCCUACGUGGGUUUGAGGAUGAGAAGUUUUGUUUUGUGGCUUUCAGGAGAGGUCAGCGCCCACGGGAGUCGUGGCCUCUUGACGGUAUGAAGUUGGAGACAUUGAAGGAGAGACGCGCAAAUAAGAAACCCGAGGAUCUCGAGAUUGAUUAUGAGGACUUUAUCAAAUCACAGGUUGUUGAAGUGCCUUACAUUGAUCCAAGAGCAUAUGACUCCGACACCAUGGAUGAGGAGGAGGAGGAACAAGAAGGCGGUGAAGGUACUGAUGAGGAUGAAGAAGACAAGAUUGAAGAAGAAAUAGAAGAGGAAGAGGAGAGUGAGAGGGCGAGUGUGGGAGGCGGAUGGGGAAGAAUCAUAUUCCCUCCAUUCCGCAAAGGGAAACAAGUGACGUUGGAUAUGUGUGUGCCAACCAAAGAGGACGGGUCAGAGGGAGCAUUCGAAAGGAGAGUGAUAACUAAAAGCAAGAACCCGGAUCUUCAUUUGCAGGCCAAGAAAUCCUUUUGGGGAGACUUAUGGCCGCUCACGAGUCAACAAGAAAGUGGCAAAGAGAAGCAAGUAGAUGCUGAGUGGUGUCGCCCGGAUCAAGACCAGAAAUGGGGUAGUUGGCCAUAAGAGUCUUGUCAUAAGAGUUGUGGAUUCAUUGUCAUCCAUGUAAAAUCCUGACUUGGUCAAGUGUUAAAAGGCAUUGCCCAUAGAGAAGAAACAGAAGAAUUGUUUUUACAAUUCUGAAAAAAAAUAACAAUAUUGACACUUU